AUGAGUAUGUGUUCUGGACAGAAAGUUCCGAUAGCUAAAGGAGAUUUAAAGAAGAAGCAUUGCCCCAAGAAUAAAGAAGAAGAAGAUGAGAUGAGGAACAAGCCAUACGCUUCUCUAGUUGGAAGCAUUAUGUAUGCACAAGUGUGCACAAGGCUAGACCUAGCCUUAUGCAUUAGCAAGAUGGGGAGAUUUCAGUCAAAUCCGAGAAUGCAACAGUGGAUAGUUGGAAAGAAGGUUCUGAGUUCAACCAUGUUUUCAGAAUACAUAGCUUGCUAUGAAGCCACUUCUCAUGCAAUAUGGCUAAGGAGUUUUAUUAAAGACAUUAAGGUGGUGGACUCGAUUUUUAGACCAAUACAGAUAUAUAAUGACAACACUGCGGCUGUUUUUCACUGCAUGAACAACAAGAUGUCGUCUGGAGUUCAGCAUAUUGACAUAAAGUAUUUAAUAGUGAGGGAGAAGGUAGCUGACAAACUAGUCAAGUUUGAUCACAUUAGAACUCAAGAUAUGAUUACAAGAUCCGUUCACAAAGUUUUGCCUUCAGAAGCUUUUCUGAGACGUGUUGAUAGCAUGGGACUUUUCCCUAGCUUUGAUGUUGCAAUCUAG